AUGACCUCGCACGAAGAAGCACCGCAGAGCUAUCCCAUGACCGAUACCUGCCUCGCAGUCCCCGAAAAGACGGCCAAGGCACCAUCUCCCCAGGUCACCUCGCUGGAGAGAACCUCCAGCGGCACGACGGAUCGAUCCGACAACAGCAACCCAUUCGAGACAGAUGUCGAGGCGCUGGCGACCAACACCUCCCUGGACAAGCCACGGUGCAGCGCGAUCCUCACCCGGAAGAAGGACUGCCAGGUUUGGCCAAACAAGCGCGACUGGAAGCAGCGAGCCAAGGCGGGCAAGAAAAACCGCACCUGUGCGUGCAUGCAGCGAUUCAACCGACGGACCAAGAUCAUGAUCAAAGUCCUAAUCAUCGUCCUGGUCGUUGGCGUCGCCGUCGCCGUCGGUUUCGGCGUCAGCAAGCCCCUCGGUGCUCCCAUCUGGGGUGACCAAAACACACAUUCGUGA